AUGCCACCUGCAGUAGUGCCAGUUGAAGACGGCGGCGCUGGCGAGGCCGCCGGCGAGGAGGUGACAUAUUACAGCUGCCAUGUCGCGUGGCUUGCGUGGUGGAACCACGUCCGGUGCGUCCUCGCGUCCACGUUCCUCCCGUGCCCCCCGGCGCCGACCACAAAAUCGGCCAUCGUCCGUGGCACGCUCAUCGUGCCCUCCGCCGGUGACCGCCGCGUCCGCCUCUUCCUGCAGGAGCACGGGCCCGCCGCGGACCAACCAGUGGACCACGACGAGCAUUUCCUCGUCCUCGACCUGCCGGCUGGCCUCGGCGGUGCGGACAUCGCCGCGGCGGGCAGGAUCGUGCUCGAGUACCAACGCCAGUGGACGCCGCCCAAUGCCUCUCCCGGCGCGCUCCUCGACUCGACCAAGUGGCUGGUGUACUGCAAGGGCACGCGCGUCGGGUACGCGACGAGGCGGGAGCGGCCCUCGGAUGCGGAGGGGUGGUUGCUGGAGAAGCUGCGGACCGUGACCGCCGGCGCUGGCCGGCUGCCCAACGGAGGGGUGGAAUACCUGCGCGGGAGGUUCGAGAGGAUCGUCGCCUCGUCGGACGCGGAGUCGUUCCACCUCACUGAAUGGCCGGGAGUCCACGGCGGCGUCUUCGACGGCGGUCUUAGUAUCUUCUUCCAUCGGGUUUGUUAG